UAACAAAAAAUUAACAAUAUGUUAGAUAAUCUAGAUUAUACAAAUUUAAUUAGUAAUUUCCUUAUUAAAAUAUUAUGAACUAGUUUAGUAAGAAAAGUUAUAACAUGUUUGUUACGAAACUGUAGCAGCUCUCAAAUUUGAUAAAAGGAUUUUUCUUAAUAUUAAAUUAAAACCUCCAUUUGGAGAAUCUUAGCUUCCAAACUAACCCAGAUUGGUCGAUGAACCUUUAUGUCUAGGUGCUUGUAGGGCGUUUUUGGAUGGAUGUGAAUUUUUGAAUUGCAUAUAUUUGACAUUAAGGUCACGUUUGGGAAUUUAGCUUUUAGUAUAAUUAAAAAUAAAAAUUAAAAAAAAAUGUCAAAAAAUCAAAAGUUUGACCUUACAUGGAACUUAGCUUUUAAGUAUUAAACUAGCUAUUGUUAAAACCACUAAUAAGAUUCAGUACACAAGAAAUGUGAGACUUACAAUUUAGAAUUCACAAUUUAAUAUUUAUCCACAAUGACAGGGUAAUGAUUGAGUUUGUGAUAAAUUAAAAGUUGACAUGUAACACGCCAUAUCAUUGUGGAUAAAUUCUGAGAGUAUUAUUCAAAAAGAUAAAUGUGUCAUGGUCUCAGAAUAUGCACCAUUAUUAGUAAAGUUUUCUUCUUACUGGUAAAUGUGGGAUCUAACAAACAGCCUCUUGCUACCCACUGGAGUCUGCAACACUUCCUCCACCAUAGACACCGUCGUCAAUAGCUUCUUCAGCAGUGGGGGGCUGCUUCUCAACAAGGCUAGGGAUUGGCUUUUCCAUGAUCGGUCUUCCAAUGGUCAAGAUCUAUGGGAUAGGGCAAAUGAGCUCUACAAGGAAGGAAGGGUGUCAGAGUUUGUGGACCGGAAAUUGAUACCAUUGGUUGUCCUUGAUCAAGUACAAUUGUGCAUACAUAUUGGGAUAAUGUGCACCGAAUAUGAUCUAGAACUACGACCCACCAUGGGUUGCGUUUACUCAAUGCUGUCAAAGAACCAUAGUAGCAGCAGCACCCUAGUGGAAGAACCGAUGAGAGAUGGAUCAUCAUCAGCAUCAUCCACAGCUCGAAAUUCGGGUGAGUCCAAUUGCCAUAUCUAUUCUGUUUAAAACUGAUCACAGUGCUACUGCUACUUCCAAGGGCCCUUUACGUUCAAGAAUUUUUUUCCAGUUGACAAAAUCGGGACUUACUAGCUUUAUCUAUUCCAACAGGUUUUUUUUGCAUGAGUGUUUGUGGAACCCAUAGCAUAGCAAAAUUUUCACCUUUUGAACCUCAAAUCAAAAUAUUUGUAAGCUAUCUUGUACUAAAUCAAAAUAUUCCUAUGUAAUUUAUUAUUUGAUUAUGCUUUUCCUAUAAUGUACCCUACACAAAAUAUAUAAUUUUGUCACAAAAUUUCUAACAUAAAUCACAAAAUAUAUAACCUCAUCACAAAUUAGCUUAACAAAAUGUCCAAAAUUUUGUGAUUAAUGUUGCAAAAGUUUAUAGUUAUGACAUUUUUCGUUACGUCAAUUUGUGAUGAACUUAGCAUUUUUAGGAUUGAUGUUAUAAAAUUUUGUGAUCAAAUUACACAUUUAGUGGUACGAUGCAUAUGGUAUGCGCCCCUAAAGGAGUGCACACCAUAGCAUUUUCGAAAGAAUUUUUUUUUAUUAUUUCUUGUGUGGUGUUUUGGUAUGACUAAUCAUUCAUUUUUAGCUAUAACUGAAAAUGAUUUAUUGAUGACAUUUGUGGUAAUAAACAAAAAAUCACAAAUGUCAUAACUUGUAUGUACAUAUUCUAGCCUGACCUUAUGUAUACAUAUACACAUACAUAGACCUCCUAUAUACACACACAUAGGUCUACAAAAUAAAUAACUACUGUGAUGAACUUCACAGGCCCAACUAAAGUGGAGAAUAGAAGCUAGUUACACACCUAUGGGGGUGUAAUUUUGGGGGCCUCGUGGGCUCCCAUCAAAAAUAGGUCGGGCCAAGCCAAUCUUGUGAAAUCUCGACCUAGGCACGAGCUCAAGCCCAAGCCCUAGGGAGAUUCGAGCCCGACAAUUAUUUAUUUAUUUAUUUUCAUGUUUUUCACCAAAAUUGCUUUAAAAUAAGGUUGGACCUCGGUUGGGUAGGGCGGGUUGAGCCUCAGGUGGGCUUCAGAGUGGGCUUGGAGUGGGUCUGGCCGAGCCAAAUAGUGCAUGGCCCAAGCUCAAGCCGGGGGUUCGGUUUGGGAUCGGGCUUGAGCUUGGUCGGGCAGUUGACAAGCUUUGGGUGGGCUUCAGGCCGGGCAAGCCAUUUGUACACCAGUACACAUUAUAUACUAGCGAUUGACUCACACGACGCGUGUGCAAUUUAAAUAAAUGAUAAAAAAAAUUAAAUAAUACAUGUAUUGCUCUAGUAUUCAGAGUUUUAUUCUUUACACUCAAAGUCAAGGUUUCGAGUCUUAUGCAUAUUUUUUUUGUUUUUUUGUUUUAAAUAUAAAAGCAAGGACACAUGAUAUAAGAACAAGGCCUGAUGUAUUGAUAAUAUAAUUCCUAAAGUCCUAUUUGCGUCAUCAACUACAAACAUGUUCUGUAUUAUUUUUUUGCAGGUCCAACUGAGCUCGCUAACAAUGGAUCAUCAUCUAAGGCAAACAUUCACUUGGAGAAUGAGGGCCUACCCAAACACAGAGGACUAACCUGUGCUCGACGAAUCCAACCAGAGGAUGUGCAAUCUUACAUACCCUCCAUUCCAAGCUUCUCAUGUAGCAGUAUGGAUGGUAUAGAUAAUUACUAAAGUCCCGUUUGCAUCGUCAACUACAAACAUGAUCAGUAUUAUUUUUUUGCAAGCUCAAUUGUGCUCGCUGACAAUGGAUCAUCAUAUGGGGCAGACAUUCACUUGGAGAACGAGGGCCUACCCAAACACAGACGACUUUGAAUGUCUACUCUAGAUGAUGAUCCAUUGUUAGCGAGCUCAAUUGGGCUUGCAAAAAAAUAAUACUGAUCAUGUUUGUAGUUGAUGAUGCAAACGGGACUUUAGUAAUUAUCUAUACCAUCCAUACUGCUACAUGAGGAGCUUGGAAUGGAGGGUAUGUAAGAUUGCCCAUCCUUUGGCUGGAUUCGUCGAGCAUGGGUUAGUCGUUUGUGUUUGGGUAGGCCCUCGUUCUCCAAGUGAAUGUUUGCCCCAGAUGAUGAUCCAUUGUUAGCGAGCUCAGUUGGGCCUGCAAAAAAAUAAUAUAGAUCAUGUUUGUAGUUGAUGAUGCAAACAGGACUUUAGGAAUUAUAUUAUCAAUACAUUAGGACUUUUUCUUAUGCCAUCUGUCCUUGCUUUUACAUUUAAAAAAAAAAAAAAAAAUAUGCAUAAGACUCGAAACCUUGACUUUGAGUGUAAAGAAUAAAACUCUGAACACUUGAGCAAUACAUAUAUUAUUGUAUUA